AGCCCCGCCCCCGAUUCGUUGAUAAGACGGGGAGCGUCGGAGCGGAGGUCGGUCGAAUGUGAGUGCUGGUGCCGCGGGGCAGAAGUCGGGCCCAGCUCAGGGUCGGGACGAGGCCGGAGUUCGGAGUCCGAGCAGCGGAACCGCAGCCAAGGUGGUGGCCGGGAGGGUCGAGCUUUCCUGCAGCAGCGACACUCAUUAUGAGCGAUCGGCAGAGCAACCAAGAUGAGGGCCUGCAGGGUUCUUGGGUAGAAUUACACUAUAGUAAUAGCAUGCAAAAUGGAGGACAGGAGCAGGUUCCAGCUUCCACUUCCAUCCUCAAUGGAGAAAUGGAAAGGAUACUUCUAGAUGCUCAACAUGAAUCUGGUCGGACUAGCUCCAGAGGUAGUUCCCAUUGCGACAGCCCUCCACGUUCUUUGACUCCACAUCAGCCCCGAUGUGGUUCAGAGAUGGAUACACACAGCAUUGGAGAAAAAAACAGCUCACAGUCUGAAGAAGAUUAUCUAGAAAGAAAGAGAGAGGUAGAAAAUAUAAUGAAGAAAAAUGCUGACUGGAUAUGGGAUUGGUCAAGUAGACCUGAGAAUAUCCCCCCAAAGGAAUUCCAGUUCAAACAUCCAAAGCGUUCUGGUACUCUGAGCAUGAGGAAUACUGGUGUCAUGAAAAAAGGAGGUAUUUUCUCGGCUGAAUUCCUGAAAGUUUUCCUGCCAUCACUGUUCAUCUCCCAUGUACUUGCUGUUGGUUUGGGAAUCUAUAUUGGCAGACGCAUUAGUACCCCAUCCAGCGCUGUUUAAGGAUGUUCCACUGAAAGUGUUUUGCGUGUGAUGAAGUAGCAGAUUCUAUGAAGAAUUCUCUGAAAAGCGGCCAUUAACUAUGAUGUAGCUACCGUGUUUUUAAGUUAUUACAAUACUAAGUACUGUGUUCGUAGUUGAUUAGCCCGAUUCUUCUCCCUGACUAGUUAAAAUUUUACCCGUUUAAAGCCAUUCACACAUGCCAUAGACUCAUUGAUUUCUGUGAAAACUAAAUUUUAAUUCAUAAAAUAAUGUGAAACAGGUUGUCUAAUAUUGAAAAUAUGUAGGCUAAAGAACUUCUUGAAAAACUGAUUUUCCAAUUUUCAGAUUUGUUCACUCAAAGGUAGGUGGAGAGCUUCUGUUCCAUGAUCCACCGAUGAAUAAAAAGGAGCCAUUUAUGAGAAUUCCACUUACUGUUAGUGGUAACAAGACUGAAUUUGUAGUAUUCAGUUAAAGCAAUGAAAAUAUUGAAAUGCAAGCAACCAAGACUUAAUCAAGUGGGAAUAUUGUGGUUGAAUGCUGUUUUUUAAACUGAUAUCUUGUAAGAAUUUGAACAGAGUCAGAUCUGUACAAUAGAUCUCAGGAAGUCGACUUGAAUUUUUAAAACCAGGUGUUAUAUAUACAUCUCUUUUUAAGGUGGAUUCCAAUAAAUCAUUUGUCAUUGAUUGCACUUGGGUUUUCUGAUGAUGAAGUACAUCAAAUGUAAUAUCUAAGACACCUCAUCAAUAAUUCUACUGGAUUAGAAAUGAAUUUUUAAAGUCUGUUUAAUGCAUUUUACUUGUGUUUAGAGACUUGUUUAAUAUGUAUGCGAGAAAUUAAACUACGCUGAAACAUCCAGGGUUGUCAAUAAAGGGAACUUGCCUGUCUAGUAGGUAGUUUAAAAAUCACAGUUUGGUUUUCACAAUUCAGCCUUCGGAAUUCAUUAAGUACAAGAAUAUAGAUACAAAUAGUAUAAAAUAAUAAAGGAAUCAUUAGCAAGCUAAAAUCAGGUCAUGUUUCACAAAUAGCAUUGUCAUGCAAAAAUCUUUGGGUGUUGUCCCCAGUACUUGUAACUGAUGCAUUCAUACAAGUACAAUGACUCGUUUAAUGUGAAGCUAUGUAUAAUGUAGUAGAAUUAAUAAUAUAUAAAAGAACACAUCCAGAUAGUUUGAUUUGACUGCUGAGCAGAAUUGAUAUUAUACAGUUAAAGACUACUAAAGAGAGGCUUCACCAGUUUUACUGGCUUAUGAGCAGGUGGGGUUACAUUGAGCACAUCCUUACUACCUGAGACACCAACAUGAAGUGACAAGGGCAACAAAGUUUGAAAAAAAUCUAGAAGUAAUUUUUGGCCAUAUAGAACCUUAAUUCUUGCAGUAUAGAACUAGUAGGAAAGUCAGGAAAGUAAGGUGUUCCUCGGUGAAAGUCUUUGAUUACCUCACAUGCAUCUUAGUGAGCACAGCUGCUUCUGCCUGAAAUAAAUGGUUUUUAAUUCUUUAACCACCAAAUUUGAAAUCCUCAUUAAUGAUGACUGCUUUUUAGACCUAUCCAAGUGUCUUGCCUGCUUUAAUGUUGUAUGUUUUAAGUAGUGGGAACAAUAACUGGAAAUGGGGAUAACUGGAUCAGGUUAAUGGAGUUUACUAUUUCUUCAGAUUUGUUAUGCAGAUAUAUUAGUUGCAUUUUACAGAAUGCUGUUGUGAUUCAUGCUUGUGAUUAAUAUGGAAACAUGCUGAAAUUUUAAAUGUUUACAGUAUAAUAAAAGCAUUAUGUGAUUA